CACCCGAGUGCUGCUCCGCUCGCGAAACAGCCUCGCCUCACCUCGCACUGUUGUUGUGUCGGUCCCGUGUCUGUAGUGUGCGUGCGUGCCUCCGACGCGAGCCGAAGACAACGACAGCAGGUCACUGCCAGAGCCACCGCGGAGGACGGAGUCCUGCGGCCGCAGCAGCGGUGAAGUACUGGAAACUGUCUGCUGGUCUUGGACUCCAGUGACCAACAACAUGGCGAGAACCAUCCAUGCAACCGCAUUCUUCUCUUCGACGUGAAAGCUAGCCACGUGCAUGGCUGCAGAUUCGCGAGGCGGAGGAGAGCAUGAGCUAGCAACAGGCGUGCAGGCGUGGACCAGCAGACAGAGCCAGAGCCAGUCAGCAUGCUCAAGUGGCUGUCCGGGGCGAGGCCCAAGGGUCCGCAGCCGGCAGAGGUCGUUACCGACGACCCGCUCGCCACCAUACACGUCGCGGCGGGAGGCAAGCUCGACGGGCCGCUCGAGAUCUACGCCGUCAGCAGGGUGAACCCCAUCUUCGACGAGGGCGGCGGCUCCGCAGAUCGGCGCGGGGGCGGCCGUUGCGACCGCGGCGGCUCUUCUGGGUACGGCAGCAGCGGCAGCGGGGGCGGCAGCGGGGGCGGCAGUGGAGCCAGGUCACCGUGCGCCAGCUCGUCCGGCGGAGAGUCCCCCAAGCAGUCCGCACCGCCCACCCCGGAGCAGGCGUCGCCCACGCGGACGCCGGCCACGAUGCCGGCCGGCCGCUGCUCGUCGCUGCAGACGAGGUCUCCGGCGCCUCCGAGGCACGCGUGCUCGCCCCCGGGCUCGCCACCUCCCCCGCUCCCGCAGGCGCGGCCACCGCCUCCGGACACCCCGGCGCCCCCGCCCCCCGGGGGCAGUGGGUGCUCGCGGCUGUGUCCCAUCCCGGAGGGCUGGCCCGUCGGAGUGCCGCGUCCCAUCUGGCCGCCGAAGCACCUGGAUGCGCUGUACGCCGCGCUGGCCAAGCACACUCAGCACGAGCCCGCCGUCACCGUCGCAGCCGCUGCCGCCGUCACGGCGCGGGACCACGCCAGCGACACCGCCUCUUCGUCCGCCAGCAGCGGCUUCGGAGAUGACCACCCGCCUUGUCUCUCCACCAGGCUGGUGUGUGGAGAACGGUGUUCGGCGAAGUCGAUGUCGUCGUCGCGGGAGAAGCUGCUGUCGGCGCGCCCGGACGCCGGUGCUGGCGUCGGCGUCGGGGGCGUGUGCAGGCCGCAGCCCGCGGCGCCGCACGGCAAGCGGCCCGGCGUCGCGACGGCGGGGGCGGCGGCGGCGGCGGCGGCGGCGGCGGUGGCCGCGAGCGGACACUGGCCCGGCGUCACGCCUGGCGACGUCUGCCUGCAGUCCAAAGACGGGGUCCUCUGGAAGCCGGACUUCACGCUGGACAAGGCGGCGGCCGAGCGGCUGAUGCGCAACAUCCAGAAGGCGAAGCGGCGCCGCUGCGUGUGCCACGCGGCCACCUCCUUCCUGGGGCUGGCCGUCUUCCUGCUUUCCGUGAUGUUGGUCAGCCUCGCCAUGACGGGCGGGCGGCGCUACUUCGGCUCCCUCUGAUCUGGCCCGACCUGAUCCGAUACAGGCCGCAAUCCCGCCUACGCUUCAGCCUCUGCGAGAAGGGACCGCCGACGAAACCUGUGUGUGUGUGUGUGUGUGUGUCCGUGUGCAUUCCCGCUGCAGUGUAGCAUUCGUCGUACCUGACUGCAAGACAAUUUGACGCACUGGUGCUAGAUGAUUUCGUACCCGAGAGAAACAGAAGGCAGGAACCCUUCCACAUUUAGAAAUCCGUGGGACUAUAAAGUGCUACAGUAUUUCGCCCAAAUACAAAAUGCUCUGUCCAUUUAUAAUCAGGAAAGAAAAAUUUCCCCAUCCUCGACAUAAAACACAUUUUGAUACAGAAUCUCUGCUUCACUUCGCUAUUCGCUAAAAUUUCAUUUAUUUCACUCAAGUCCGUGUCACGUAAUAGUUAAAUGGUACCACGUCAUCUACCUAGACAUCAGAGGCACAUGAUCACUACUUUUUCCCUCCAAUCUGGAUGUGACAUAAUAGCGUGAACGUUGAACAUUUACUGUCUACAAUUCUUUGACACCUACAUACAAUCGAUGGUAGUAAUAAGGUUCGAGUUUAACGUCCCGUCGACAUCGAGGUCAUCAGAGACGGAGCACAAGCUCGGAUUGUUUCAAGGAUGGGGAAGGACAUCAGCCGUGCCGUUUCGAAGGAUUCAGGCCCGUAUUUGCCUGGAGCGCUUUAGGGAAAUCACGGUAAAUCUAAAUCUGGAUGGCCGGACGCGGAUUUGAACCCUUGUCCACCCGAAUGCAAGCCUAAUGUUCUAACCGCUGCACCACCCCACUCGCUCCAAAAGUAGUCAGAUGGGAACAGACUGUAAGUAUCUUCAGCAACAAUAGCUAACCUUUGCUCUGAAAUAAUCCUUCAGCAAAGGAGCAGACACAGUGUCAUUGUUGAAUCUUUUCGUUUUAAACCAUUUUUUUAAGGAAAACUGACGUUUAUGCUGUAAAAAUACACAAACUUUUCCACGGUCAUGAAAGAAUUCAACUUCGCUUCUUCGAAACGUUUAAGCUUCGAUUAACUUUUUGCUCGUAUUAAUACAGCGUUUUCCAAUCUAUGCGUUACGUGAAACUCAUUUUAAUGUCCAUUUUAAUGGUGGAAAUCCUGGUCUGUUUCUGCAGUAUGGUUUUUAUGUUGUAUAUAUGUUACAAAACUUAAGGUGCCUCACGUUUCUGAUGAUAGACAACAAAGUGCAGUAGUUGUGGGUGCGUUCUGUGAUAAGGACGACGGUGGCGCUUCGAAUCGCCUACUACUAUCACACCUUGUACACUCGUUCCCUCACUACUGAGUUUAGCGACUACAUGGUUGUCUCCUAGUCCACGAUAUAAAUGUAAAUGUCGUGCGACUAGGGCCUCCCAGCGGGCAGACCGUUCGCCGGGUUAAUACAGCGCUACUCGCUGUCAGCGUCGCAUUCGUAACGACUAUCCAAAAUAGUAAGUGGAAGCAAGGUUUAGAUGUCAUUCUAUUUCUGUAAUGUCAUAGAAAAAUUAAUUUUCAUUUCUUGGAUGUUAUGGAAAAAGUAACGUAGAGUUUGCAGAACUCUUUCAGGGAUCUCCACGAAAACACAGGGUUACGCGGAACAUAGUUUAAGAAAGCUGCGUUAAUGGAUUUCAAAACACAGUUCUCAUUUCUGACACUGGCAGCACUGCAUCACCAGUAUGGAGACUUAAUCCCGUCAUUGUACCCUACUGAGUGAGAUGCAGCACUGGUUAACACGUUUGGUCUCAUGGUCACGAGGUGUGGGCGUACAAGUGAAUCCACGUUCACAUGUUCAGUCACCAAGAUUUCGACUUUAUCUGGCUUUCCUAAACCGAAUAAGGUGAGCACAGGGAUGGUGUAUUUGAAAAGGAUGCGGUCAGAUUCUUUACCCAUCCUUUCUCCAAUGACCUCACCCGUUAGUAACACAGUAAACAAUAAUCUUCCUUCCUUAUAACCAUGUUUCAUCCAAGACGUUUGUCUCUCCACUGCCCACAUAAAAACUUGCCAGUAGUGAAGAAAAAUUACGCACAGAUUCUACGGCUGUACUACUUGUUUGCACGAAUUUCAUACAUUUCCGUAAAGCCUUGUCCUAAAACAUAGUCAGUGCCUCUUUGCCCUCAAUGCAUGAAGCAUGAACGCCUACCUGCCCCCCCCCCCCCCCCUGCCUCACCCGACGACCGUGUGCCUUCUGUAUCUCGGGGACUGCUCAACAACUUUCGCUACGCGUGCUGUGUGGAAACUGAUAGCUCGACAUCAGAGAGUUCUCCUCCUCUUUGCCGCGCUGGUGCUGCACCAAGCGGGUGCUUAGAGGUGGUUUUAGCCCCAGCAGAGGCACCAGUAUCUGACCGCUCGACGUUUCCCCGUGAGAUUCGGCUGUUACACGAACGACCGUUUGCGCGGAAGAAUGGACAGAACGCUGCCAUGUUGGACGAACCACGUCUUUUUCUUUCUGCGCACUGAACGACAGCGGCCUUCUCAGUUCCCACCUGCCCGGAGACGCGGUGAGGUAAAGGAGAGGCCGAGGGUCUGCGAAGAAUUUCUGGUCUCCUUGUGAUAAAAGAAAGACUUUUCAUUCUUCGACACUGUCCGGCCCUCUGGUCAGGGCUAUAAAGUAUUUAUUCUGUAGAUAUGUAGAUACGUUAAGUCCGUAACCAUUAAGUCAUCAGGCUUGUAUUAUAUAUUUAUUUAAGUAAUUUAAAGGUAUUUAAACAUCAAGUACUUCUGAAACUGCAUGUCGUUCGACAAAUUGUGGUGUGAAUGUGGCUAAAGUCUGGGUGUUGCAAAUGAGCUGGUAAUAAUACAACUGAUUUCAUACGCUUUUUAUUCGCCUGUACGGCGAGAUACGCUUCACUACAAACGACGUUUCACCAGCCAUCUGCGCCAUGAAAAAAAAUACCAUAUCAUUCUUACUGUAUGUGUGUCCGAGAAAGCAAAGAUUUUUAUGCUCAUCUAGCCACGAUUAUGUAUACCCCAAUGGAAACUUUCGUUGUAAUUUUUGAAUGAUUCUAGUAUUACACUUUUCUGUUUCAUCGUAACUACUUGAUUACAGGGUGCAAAUCCAAUGUGUAUACAAUAUUUUAUGAUAGCUUUAACGAGGCCCGGACAGAAACCAGAACUAAGUACGCUGAAGCACGACGAAACGCCUGAUGUACAAGCCAAGUGAAAUGUGUAAGGGACUUUUGGAGUGCGUGAAGUAUUGGAUGGCGGUUAACGCCAUUGUGAUUUUUGUAUGUGUAUUUCGUGAUGUCACAGAUGCUUGGAAUGUCUGAUACGUUUCAAGCUGCACUUAUUUUCUAUGUCAUUAGAGUGUUAGAUUAUGAGUUUAGUAUAUAGGAGCCAGACUUAUUCUGGCAAAUGUGCCUAUUCGGAAUACUCCUUUUAUGAGCGAACAUAGCGGUUGCAUGUGAUCUUGAGUUUGGACGCUCCACCAAGUGCCAAGCUACGAAUUGCCAGCGUUCUCCAUCCUAUGGACAGAAUGUCAUACGCAUCCUAGUUUCCGUACUACUUGACCAUCAUUAACUUCAAAAAUAGAAAACGUAUGCGGAAAUAAAUAUUUUUCUAACACUUCUUUGGUAAAAAAAAUCAUAUUAGUAUCUCUUUCUAAGUCUUCUCCACUUAUAACGAGAGUAUAUUAGAAAUUUCUUGUACAUGUAGAGACAUCCGGAAUACGAUACAAUCUUACAGUAAGCACUCUAUUUGCCAGUCUGGAUGAUUUGUGGUUCAAGGUUCCUUAAUACUGCAGUGACUGUACGUUAUAGCGAGACACAAUGUCCUAGGGGAGACGCUGGUGAAUCGUAUUGUAGACUGUACGAAUGAGUUCGAAUAUACCACCUAUAGCAGUAAAUGUAAUAUUUAACAAUGUCAAUAAAAAUAUCUGUAUAACUAA